AUGGCAACAUCAUUAAGGGAUAUUUCAAAAAAUAGAUUAUUAAAUGAAAUGGUUAGAGCCAUUUCCCCAGAAGCAUCAGGAGGUUGGAAAGCUUUAGUUGUAGAUCAAGACUCACUUAGAAUUAUUUCAUCAUGUUGUGGCAUGUUUGAUAUUAUGGAAGAAAAAGUUACAGUUGUUGAAAAAAUCGAUAACCAAAGACAAGCAUUACCAAAUUUAGAAGCUAUAUAUUUUCUUACACCAACUACAAAAUCAAUAGAUUUAUUAAUUAAUGAUUUUAAAAAGAAAUCACAUCCACAUUAUUUAGCAAUUCACUUAUUUUUAACAUCAAAAUUACCAGAUGCAGAAUUUAAAAAACUAUCAGCAUCAAUAGCAGUACAAAGAAUUAAAACAUUUAAAGAAUUAAAUUUGGAAUAUUUAGCAAUUGAAAGUCAAAGUUUUCAUUUCGAUCAAAACAACUCAUUACCUUCAUUAUUUUCACCAGAAGCUUUCGAUUCAACAGAGGAACAAAAUAGAAUUGCAACACGUUUGGUAUCAUUAUGUGUAUCAUUAAAUGAAUGUCCAAUUAUUCGUUUUUCACGUAGUAAUCCCGUCUCAGCCUUAGUUGCAAGUUUCACCCAAGAAAAGAUUGAUUCAGUUAUGAAAAAUGUAAAAUCAUUCCGUCCAAAUGAUGACCGUGCAACAUUAUUAAUUCUCGAUCGUAGUCAAGAUCCAUUAACCCCACUUAUUCACGAAUUUACCUAUCAAGCAAUGGUUUACGAUCUUUUUGAUAUUCAAAAUGACAAGUUUUCAUAUGACACCGUCACCAACAAUGGUCAAACUAUAAAGAAAGAUGUAUUAUUGGGCGAAACUGAUUACAUGUGGUCAGGCCUCCGUCAUCAACAUAUUGCAGAUGUAACAGAAUAUCUUACCACACGUUUAGAUGAAUUUUUAAGAACCAAUCAAGUAUCUCAAUACAGUCAACAACAUACCAACUCUCUCAAGGAAGCUGGUGAUGUCAUUCGUUCACUCCCACAAUAUCAAGAAAUUAUGAGUAAAUACUCUGUUCAUAUCAAUUUAGCUGAUCGUGCCACCGCCAAAUUCCCUUCACUUGAACAAGUUGCCUAUCUCGAACAAGAUAUGGCCACUGGUGAAGAUGCUAACGGAAGUACUCCAAAGAAUAUUGUUGGUCGUCUUUCAAAUUUCCUUUCAGAUUUUUCUCUUGAUAAACAUGCUAAAAUUCGUCUUUUAAUGAUUUAUAUUAUCUCACAAGAAGGUAUUAAAGAAGAAGAUCGUCGUAAACUUAUGGAAAUGGCAGGUAUCUCACAAGAAGAACAAAUGGCAUUCACCAAUCUUCGUUUUUUAGGUGUCACUUUAAUGAAGGGUGCUAAAAGUACAAAGAAAACAAACUCACCACCAAAAAUUAGAAAAGCUGAUGGCCAUAAUGUACCAUACGAAGUAAGUCGUUAUGUACCAAUCAUGAAAGAUAUCGCUGAAAAUCUUGUAAAUGACUCACUCCCAAAUUCAGAUUUCCCAUUUGUAAAGGAAGAACCAAUCGCUCGUGCCUCAAAUGCCCCAGUUAGUAAAGUUUCACUCAAAGGUAAAAGCAAACAACCACGUUGGGCUGAUCCAAAUGUUCAAGUUGAAGAAACCAAAUAUUCAGGCAGUAAAAUUAUCAUUUUUGUUGUUGGUGGUAUGACCUAUUCAGAAAUGAGAUCAAUCUAUGAAAUCUCAUCUCAUUACAAAAAGAAUAUUUAUAUUGGUUCAACCAAUAUCAUUUUACCAGAUAACUAUGUCGAUCAAUUAGCAAGUUUAAAGAAAUCUGAAAAUUAA